AUGUGCAGAGCUAUAUGGAGAAUAGGAGGAGGUGGCUGGGGGGAAAAGGGGCAUAAUGGGACUCGUGCUGGUGUUCUGAAGGCAAACAAUGAUGGUAAGGCCUUGAGGGAGGUAGGAGCAGUAGAGGAGGAUAAUCAAGAACCCUUUUUUACUUCUGCAGAAGGUAGAAUGGAAGCCAGGCUAGAGAUGUUCUAUUCUGAAGGCCUAGAACUCUCUGUGGAACUGGCAAGCAGGGUCGGUUUCCCGGGGGCGGGCGGGGCAGGGGCACUGGCACUGGCCCCGCCCAUCGGGCGUGGCCCUGUGUCCCCGCCCUUCGCAGACGCGCACACGCCCGCGCUGGAGCCAGACACGUUGCACGCGCGCCUGCGCCUCUCGGCAGACCACCAGCAGGUGCGUUGCGGUCACCUCGGCAGCAUGGGGUCCACGCCCGGGCUGUAUUUCGACGCGCUGUGGCAGGUGCUGGGCCGCGACUGCUUCGACGCCGGCCGCCACUAUUGGGAAGUGGACGUGCUGGAGGCGGCCGUCGGCUGGUGGGUGGGCGCGGCCUACGGCUCUCUGCGGCGCCGUGGGGCCUCGGCCGCCGCCCGCUUGGGCUGCAAUCGCCAGUCCUGGUGCCUCGAACUAUAUGACCUCGAGUACUGGGCCUUCCACGACGGCCAGCGCAGCCGUCUGCGGCCCCGCGACGACCCCGACCGGGUCGGCGUCUUCCUGGACUACGAGGUCGGCGUCUUCACCUUUUACGACGUGACGGGCGGCAUGACCCACCUGCACACCUUCCGUGCCGCCUUCCAGGAGCUGCUCUACCCGGCCCUGCGGCUCUGGGAAGGGGUCAUCAGCAUCUCCCGACUGCCCUAG